CUCUUUGCUCGAAAACGCUCGCUGAAAUAGAUAUAGGGUUUGUCUAGUGUGUGCCCAUGGGCACAUGCUAAGCGCGGAAUUUGACAUGUUUAGGAGGUUUUGAUUGGUGUGGUUGUUUUAUUUGCAGGGGGUCCACCAUUAUUAAGAUAUGAGAGCCAAUCAAAACUUCCCAAACUUGUAAAUUUUCGCGCUUAGCAUGUGCUCAUGGCACACACUAGAAAAACCGAUAGAUAUAUAUUGAGUUGACAUAAUGGCAAGUAAGCUGGUUAGCCAAACAAAAAUCAAGUCAUCUGGAGACGUUUUCCAUGACUUGUUAAGACAUCAACCGCACCAAAUCUCCAACAUUUCAUCGCAUGUUCAGAGUUGUGAUUUGCAUGACGGUGAAUGGGGAACCCAAGGCAGCAUCAUUUCAUGGAACUAUGUGCAUGAUGGAAAAGAUAUGUUCGGCAAAGAGAUUAUAGAAGAGAUAGAUGAGGAGAAAAAGUCCAUCACCUUUAAGGUCAUUGAAGGACAUAUUCUUGAGGUGUACAAAACCUUUAAACUCAUUUGCCACGUGGAUACAAACGGUGAGGAUCACUUGGUGACGUGGACCUUUGAGUACGAGAAGCCGCAUGAGGACGUGGAAGAUCCACAUUCCUUGAUGGAUGUGAUCGUAGGUAUCACCAAAGACAUUGAGGCUCACCAUCUCGAUCAAUUAUACACCUUGAAGAUGGGAUUAACCGGUAAGUUGAUAUGCCAGACAUGCAUCAAAACCGACGGAGAUGUGUUUCAUGAGAUCUUCAGUACUAAACCACACCAUGUACACACCAUGACGCCUAAAAAUAUACAGGGUUGCGAUCUGCACGAAGGUGAAUUCGGCAAAGUUGGCUCCAUUGUCAUUUGGAAAUAUACUCUCGACGGGAAGGAAAUGGUGGCGAAGGAGAGGGUGGAAGCGAUAGACGAAGAGAAAAAAUCAGUGACUUUUAAGGUGGUUGGAGGAGAUCUGCUAGAGUCCUUCAAAACUGUUGUCAUCACUGUUCAUGUUGAUACGAGCGGUGAAGAUAAUCUUGUGACAUGGAGUUUCGACUACGAGAAACUGGACGAGAGUGUCAAGGAUCCGACACAGUACCUGGACCUUGUUCUUAGCAUGACCAGGGACAUUGAGACUCAUCAUCUCCCCAAGUGAUUUGUUCUGCUGCAUCGAUAAUUAAAAAAUGCUUGGUGGGUACUUAAAUAAAGAUGCUUUGUGGUUUACUCUAAAAAAAUAAAGAUUCUUGUGGUUUGUUUCUGUUUCUUUUCAAUUUCUAUAUGAUUGUUUUACGUUUAUUUGCAUGUAUUUCAUCUGCUGAUCUGCAUGUAUCUUAUUUGUGUGCUGUACUCAAAUAAAUAAAAACUUUCUUUAGGCUUA